AUGGAACCAGCCGGACUUGCACUCGGCAUCGUGGCCCUGGCAGGCACAUUUAACAACGCCAUAGACUGCUUCGAAUACAUCCGACUUGGCCGUGCUUUCGGUACCAAUUUCCAAACUAGCCUGCUCAAGCUGGAUAAUGCAAGACUGCGACUUUCGCGUUGGGGCGAAUCUGUUGGCUUGAACAGCGACUUCAGCAACGCUCACAAUGUCAGGCUAGCAACAGGACCGCCGGAAGAUGUGGCUGCGGCGGAGAGAGUAUUGUCACAGAUACUGGAUCUCUUCGCAAACGCUGAGGGUAUUUCGACCAAGUACAAGAACCACUCUGGAGAAGUCGAGUGGAAUCUUGCGACUCUCGACUCAGCCACGGAUAUGGAGCCUGUAGGCCAAUUACUACACGAGAAGAUGCGCUCGCUAUCGAUCAAACGCCAGAACAGUACACCGUUACGGCAAAAGGUGCAGUGGGCACUUUACGAAGAGAAGCAUUUCAAGAGGUUGAUCGAAGACAUCACGGAUCUCGUCAGCGAUCUCGUGCAGUUAUUCCCCGCGGCACGCGAAGAACAGCGCAGGCUGUGCAGAACGGAAGUGUCGGACAUCAGCUCCAGAGACUGUCUUCGUGCUUUGAAAGAGAUUGCAGCAUUGCAAGACAAGGAACUCAACCGAGCUGUUAUUGAGACCUUGCAAUCAGAGGCUAGUAGCUUCACGCCAAUGCGGACAUUGGACUAA